AUGGCAGCGCUGGGGAGAAAGCGGCUCACCUGGGGGGUGGCAAAGGAAGCCGAUGAGUGCUGCGCCUCUGUUGCAGUCAAGGGGCACUGCGUGAUGUACACUUCAGAUGGGAAGCGGUUUGAGGUUCCACUGGCAUACCUUAGCACAUUGGUCUUCUCAGAGCUCCUGCGGAUGUCCCAGGAGGAGUUUGGCUUCAUGGGCAAUGAACGGAUCACGCUUCCUUGUGAUGCCGCAGUCAUGGAGUAUGCCAUGUGUCUCCUCAGGGGAGGCUCCUCAGCAGAGGUAGAGAAGGCAUUCCUGAGCACCAUGGCAGUGUCAUGCCACUAUGCAAGCUGUAUUGCACCAUCUGUUGGAGUUAGCCAUCAGCUAAUCACCAUCACGUCAGUGUUCCAUUCUCUCAAAAAGGGAACAAAUAGUGUGGUCCCAAAUCAUUCUUCAGAAAUGAUUGUUUUGAGCAAGCUCAACCAGUUUAUCUCCAAAUCACUUGAUACAGGGCACUGGGAACACAUGGAAGACCUCACUCAAUACAAUGCGGACCCAGUAUGCUUGCGCUAUGUUUCUGACCAAUUCAGCAGCCAUACUGUAGUACAUAUCUGA